GUCAAACUCGCAAUUGGAUGACUUUCCGUAGGAUUUCAAGUAGUAGACAGAGGAAGCGGCUGUAUCUCCAGCUGAAGACUCUGACUACUUCUUCAGUGCCAGAUUUAUCGUUUUUCUUGUUAUGAUUCUGACAGGAGACAUACGCUCGAUAGACUGAUCACACUAACUCAAUGCAGAGCGAGUUUCCAUCCAAGACAUAAUGUUCGUGACGAACUAUUUUCAUCGCUUAGCGCUUAUCAUCCAAGCACACCAACCAUGACAAGCACCAACGAAUACCUCGACCUCCGCGAAAUAGACGCUUGCUUAUUCGACGUAUUCGGUACCGUCCUUAACUGGCACAGCACAGUCGCUCGCCAAGUCGCCCGCCUUAGUAAGGGACUCCUUCUCGAAGGCUCGCAAGACGCAAUCGAUUUUGCUGAAGAAUGGAGAGCGGGAUAUUAUGUUUAUGUCAAAAGAGUAUCCCAGGGCGGGCAGGGUACUUCCAACGCAGACAUUAUGCAUCGAGAAAUACUGGACGAUAUGCUCACCACCCCGCGCUGGUCUCAUAUUGCAGAAGUGUGGGGGGAAUCUGAUCGUGAAGAUCUCACUAUGAUCUGGCACAACUUGGACGCGUAUCAGGACACCGUUCCCGGCCUGACAGAACUCAAAUGCCACGUCAAUAUCCUCGCUCUAUCUAACGGAAACUUCAGAUUACUUCUCGAUCUGGCAAAGAACCAAGGUAUUCCAUGGGAUGGUAUCUUUUCGUCCGAAAUGUUUGGAUCCUACAAACCUAAUAAGAAGGUUUACCAGUCUGCAGCAUACCACCUUUCUUUACCUCCUCAAAAGAUAGCAAUGGUCGCUGCGCACAAGUACGACCUCCUCGCUGCCGCUAGCGUAGGCUUCAAAACGAUAUACGUACCACGCCCUGCUGAAGAUUUGCGCGAGGGAAGGGAGAGCAUGCGCAGCAAGGAGGACGGCGGUGAGGUGGAUCUUGUCGUUAAAGAUUUCGAGGAGCUGGCGAGGUUGAUACGUGAUGCUCGACAAAGUUGAAGCUCACGGUUGGUACAUGCUUUGCAAGUCCUUUACAAAUCGCGGAAUUAUCACUUGCCAAUUUGUAUCACAGUAUCACAGUGUAAGUGAAGUGAGGUGACUGAAUCGAAUAUGAUUUUUGGGGCAGCGAUGCGAAUCAAGAGAUCAUAUUAUACUUUGCAGAUGCAAUUCGUAGUUCUCGGGAGUCAGUUAGGCUUUCACGCCGCUGUAGCUGCGGUGCCUUGAUAGAC